UUCCUUCGUGAUUUCAGGUUUUUGUGAUUUUUCUUUAAUUUUUCGAAAAAAAUUUGAUUUUUUUGAAGAGUUAAUUGAAGAUUAAACACAGGAAAUUUUUUUUCAAUAGGAGAAAAUGGUAUUCAAAUGCCAAGAAGACAGUUUUUUACGAGAGUUCACAACUCGCGUAAAAUCCGUUCAACCCGAUGAAAAAGGAGUUUUUGUCGUGUGCGAAGACACCAUUAUCUUCCCCGAGGGCGGCGGUCAACCAUGCGAUCAUGGAAAAAUCAACAAUUUUCCCGUCACGAACGUCAUUCGGAAAGCCGGCGAUGCUCUUCAUUUCAUCCCGUUGGAAAAUUCCUCAGAUUUCACGUUGAAAGAAGGCGACGAAGUGCAUCAGGAAGUCAAUUGGGCACGUCGUCAAGACCAUAUGCAACAACAUUCGGGUCAACAUCUCAUCACGGCGUUGUUUGAUCGCGAAUUUAAAAUUCCCACAAAAUCUUGGUGGCUUGGCGAACGCACUUCUUACGUCGAUUUGGAUGCCAAAGACGUCACGCAGGAGCAAAUUUCGCACGUUGAACGGAUUUGUAAUGAGCUGAUUGCUGCUGCGACGCCCGUUCGAGUCGAUGUCUAUCAACCGGAUGAUCCAAUUUUGCAAUCUGAUGAGUUGAGGGCGCCGCGCGAUUUGCCCGAUGAUGUCGUUGGACCGAUUCGCGUUGUCACGAUUGAAGGUGUCGAGAGUAAUAGGUGCUGCGGAACGCAUGUUAAGCACUUGGGACAACUUCAGGCGGUUAAGUUGUUGAAUUUGGAGAAGACUAAAGGGAAGUUGAUGUUGCAUUUUUUGGUUGGAAAUCGAGUUUUGGCCAAGUUGGGAGAAGCUUUUGAGCGGGAGUGUCAACUUAAUACAAUUUUAAACGGCGCUCCGGAUCGUCAUUUAGAAUUGGCUACCAAACUUCAAGCAAGUCAAAAAUCCUCAACAAAAUUGCUAAAAUCUCUCGCAAAGGAACUUGCCUUGUACGAAGCGAUGCUCAUGAAGCAAAAUCCCGAGAAGCGAUACUAUUUUGUGCAUCGCCACGAUGGAAUCGACCAAGAAUUUCAAAAUAAUUUCCUGCGACAAGUAGCGGAAAGUUGCAAAGAAACCGUACUUUUCAUUACUUUAGGCGACGAUUCGAACAAGGGAUCAUUUUUGCUUCAAGGCCCGCCCGAAGUGCUCAAAGACUUGUACGACGAGAUCUGCAAAAAACUCGAUGCAAAGGGAAAUGGCAAAGGAAACCGUUUCCAAGGGAAAGUAAAUAACCUUAAAGGCACGAAAGACUGUGAUAAGCUCAUAAUAAACUAUUUUUCGGCAAAAUCACAAUAAAAUUGAGGAACUGCGGAGAAUAAAUAGACACGUUUUUUAGUCCAAAA